UUUAUCCAGGUUGAGACAGCUAUCACAGACGCGCGGUAAUUUUCAGCGUGACGGCGUGGUCUACCAUGUGGUUUACUGUCGUUUACAGUCGGUGCACGUUGUCGUGUUUUCUUUGUUAACUUUCGCGCCGAAGCUGAAGCGUGCCGAUGUCUUCGGCUCCUGUGCAAUGCCUUGUUCUCUGGAACCAGCGCAAAAAGGUGAUGCAACUCAGUGGCAAGAACCAAAAAGCGGAUUUGAUUUCUGCUUUGUUAAGCAGCGACUUUCGGGAUGCAGCUGAUUGUGAAAGGAUUGAGGUGUACAACAGUCGGUUUGACACAUUUGUGGACAUAGAAGACGACCACACCUUUUGUGAUGGAGAUAGGAUCCAACUUGUGGCUCCACAGCACACAAACAAAGAGGUAGAGUACCAGGAUCAUGGAACGAACGAAAAUGAAGGAGAUGUGCUGACAAACAAUGAUGAAAGCGACGUAAUGUCAGCUGCAAGCACGUCGGGCCCAGCCAUCUUCCCCAGACAUACCCAUCGUGGAUAUAAGCUGCCAGCUAUGCCUUUUGAUAUCAAGGUUGAUAUUGCAAACCUCAAACAGGGAGAGCUGUCUUCCUCCACAAAAUCACGCAUUGUGUCGUGGAUAACAACACACCUCCGCACAAUAAGCUUGUACCCUGGAGAACUGUAUGACUGUGCAGCAAAAGAACUGGUACAAGAAUACCCAAUCCUCAGAGAUUUCAUCGGCACAGGCUAUGACUCAUGGAAGGUGGCCUUUCAGUACAGAAUGGGCAAUGUGCGUAAGUUGAUGGGCAAUGUGCCUGUUGUGCAAGAGGCCAGAAAGAAAUUUGGCCAUAAAAGAAGUGUACAGGACACUUCUCGGUCUCUGAAGCAAUGCCGCAUGGCUAUGAUUGACACCCCUGAAGAGCAUGUCGACAGCGUGUCACUGGCGGGGCAUGUGAGCUUCAUGAAAGCCGAAAUGAAAAGACGGGUCCCAGAUUUGCUUAAACUGAAGGACUCCAUGAAGAAGACACUGGGAGAGAGAAGGAAUUGGAUAAGGGACGCCAAUCCAUCGACUGCUCAAGUGCUUGAAAAAUAUCCUGCUUUAGCAAUCGCUACACCAGGAGUUUCAAGCUGUGACUGGUGUCAACCUUGA